AUGGCCCGAGGCAAAGCUGCUACAACUACUAAGGACACAAAGUCCACCACUAAAGCUGCUGCAAAGCCAGCAACCGCCAAGAAGCCUGCCGCAAAGGCCUCCUCUCACCCUUCAUGGGCGGACAUGAUCAAGGAAUGCAUUGCUGAGCAUAAGGAAGAUGCCCGCAUUGGUGUUUCCCGUCAACAGAUCAAGAAGUAUGUUGAGAGCAAGUACAAGCUUGAGUUUGGCGCCGCCCAAGUCUCUCAACUGUCGAGAGCCAUCUCCACUGGUGCAGAAAAGAAUGUCUUUGUCCUCCCCAAGGGUCCUUCCGGUCGUGUUAAGCUUGCGCCCAAGUCCAAGUCCGCCGAUGCCGCGAAGGAGAACAAGCCUACAUCCAAGGCUAAGCCAGCUUCCAAAGCCAAACCUGCCGCCAAACCUGCCUCCAAGAAGCCCGCUUCCAAGCCCGCCUCUGACGCUAAGGCUAAGGCUGCCAAAUCGACGACCACCAAGUCCACCACUAAGUCGACAACCAAGUCAUCAACUACCAAGAAGGCUGCACCCGCAUCGAAGCCAAAGGCUUCAACAACGACGAAGAAGGCUUCCGCUGCACCGAAGAAGACAGUGGCUAAGCCCAAGGCUGCCGCUCCAAAGAAAACGACGUCCGCUCCAAAGGCCAAGAAGGCUGUGACUGGUACCACACCCGCUGCAAAGGCAAAGACUGCUGCUAAGAAGGCACCCGCUAAGAAGGCUGCGGCCAAAUCAUCAACAACAAAGAAAACGACCGCUAAGAAGUCAUCUUGA